AGAGAAAAAAAAAAAAAAAAAAAAAAAAAAAAAAAAAAAAACUCCCUUUUGUCAUUCUUUCACGGAUCGGAAUUCGCCGCCGAUUCGCCGCCGCGUGAUGGAGGGAGUGGGGGCCCGACUCGGCCGGUCCUCGACUCGGUACGGUCCGACUUCAACAGUUUUCAACGGACCGGUGAGGAAGUGGAAGAAGAAAUGGGUCCACGUAUCACCACAGACCGCCAACAAUGCUUCUUCGAAUCAUCAUCUUCAUCAUCAAUCUCAAACUGCUAAUCAUAACGGUAUUAACGGUAAUAACGGCUCUCACCUUCUUCUCUAUAAAUGGACCCCAAUUACUCCAAGCCAAAACAGUAACAGUAAUGGUAAUGGCGAGAAGAGCUCCGCCAAGGAGGAGGAGGCCGCCGCCGCCGUAGAUAGCACCGCCAGUGCGGCGGAGGAACCGCCUCGGCGUAAAUUCAGAUACAUUCCGAUUGCUGUGCUAGAAGAACAAAAAAAUGAAGCCGAAGAGAUGGUUGAUGAUGAAGCUAAACCAAGGGAUACUGAUCCAAAUGCGGCAGAGCCAACUUCCAAGAAUGAUGAUUUGGAUGAAAAACCUGACAUUAAUGAUGUGCCUGUGGAAGAAAGUCAGGCUCUGGAUGAUGAUACUCCAUUAGUAAGGCAAGAUCUGAAUGAAAGCACUUUGGAUCUAAGUUUGGGCUUGAAUUCCCGCGAUGGUGACCCUGAUUCUAAUGUGAAGACAAAUCAAAGUAAAAAUGGCCAGUUGGAAAGGUAGAGUGAAUUAGUGCGGGUACAUUAUGGGAUGGCUUUUUUAAAGAAAAUUUUGGCUUAAAAGGAGAGAGCAGAGGAAGUGGCCUAUCAAUUUGUGCCUGUUUUAGAAAUGCAGAUGUCUUCCUUCUGGUUUCUCAAGUCCUCAGAGAGAGAGAGAGGGAGAAGGUGAAUUCAAGCGGCUUAAGCAUGUAACUUCAUUCUUCAUUUGAUGCUCCCCUGCUGAGCUGAUUCGCAAUUUGUAUUAGAAUUCUUGUAUUGAGAGAGUAUCAAUAUUGUUUACCAUUGAAUGAAACAAAUUUGUUUCUGGAUUUUACAUGCUUUGUUGUUGUUUUAUUUUUUCUUUUUUUAUUUGUGAACUUUGCAUUGGUGCAAAUUGCUUGAUAAUUCUCAACUGCUUAUUAACUCCCUGUUUGUUAAGGAGGUUUGGGCAUA